AUGAAAAAUCUGGUCAGGUGUCGCUGGAAGAUACCAGUGACUCUCCUCCAAAACUCUUUCCAUUCAUGUCUGAUGAUUUUCCUGGGCACCAACGGAACAGUAAUUAACAAGCUGAAGGUUGUUAAGAAGCAGACUUGCCCUUUACAGACUGGGGACGUCAUCUACUUGGUGUACAGGAAGAAUGAGCCAGAACACAACGUGGCAUACCUCUACGAAUCCUUCCAUGAAAAGCACGGCGUAACACAAGACUCCUUCGAAGCUAAUAAAGAAAACGUGUUCCACGCGACCAAAGAUACCUCAGGUGCAGGGCGAGGCGACGACCCUCAGGAUCCCCAGGUCCUGCCAUCGCCACCCGCCACUCAGGUGUGCUUUGAGGAACCACAGCCAUCAACGUCCACAUCGGACCUCUUCCCCACGGCCUCUACCUCUUCCAUGGAGCCCACCUCUGCAGGGCGAGGGCCUCCCUCCAGCUCCGGCUCGAGAGGUGCAGACGUCUCCCCAAGAGGGUGUGGUCCAUCUGUGGCGAGUGAUGAAGCCACCGUCUUCCCUUUGGCUCUCCCAGCAAGAGAGGGGGCGUCCUUUUCUCUGUCGGAACCCAGGGACCAGGAGGACUUGGAGCCCGUUAAGAAGAGAGUAAAAGCAGACGGGGAGCCCGCCCUGAACCUGCCCCUGGUCACAGACCCGGGCGGAGACCCCCACAGUGCCCUCGACGUCAGAGCUGCGACCGUGAAGCCAGACAAGAUGGAGGAGACUCUCACGUGCAUCAUCUGCCAGGACCUGCUGCACGACUGUGUGAGCCUGCAGCCCUGUAUGCACACUUUCUGCGCCGCCUGCUACUCAGGCUGGAUGGAGCGCUCUGCCCUGUGCCCCACCUGCCGAUGUCCAGUGGAGCGGAUCUGUAAAAACCACAUCCUCAACAACCUGGUGGAGGCGUAUCUGCUGCAGCACCCGGACAAGAGGCGCAGCGAGGAGGACGUGCGCAGCAUGGCCGCCAGGAACAGGAUCACACAGGACAUGCUGCAGCCCAAGGUCAGGAGGGCCUUCUCCGACGAGGAGGGGAGCUCCGAGGACCUGCUGGAGCUGUCAGACGUGGACAGCGAGUCCUCGGAUGUCAGUCAGCCGUACAUCGUGUGCAGACAGUGCCCCGACUACCGCAGGCAGGCGGGGCGGCCCCUUCCCUGCCCAGGGCCCGGCAGUGAGCCAGGGGCACCGCAGGCCUCUGGGGAUGCACCAUCGACGUCCGCCAGCAUCAUGACAGCCCAGGACUACGUGUGUGCCCUGCAAGGAAGCCACGCCAUAUGCACCUGCUGCUUCCAGCCCAUGCCCGACCGGAGGGCGGAGCGCGAGCGGGACCCUCGCAUCGCCCCCCAGCAGUGUGCCAUCUGCCUGCAGCCCUUCUGCCACCUGUACUGGGGCUGCGCCCGGACCGGCUGCCUCGGCUGCCUGGCCCCGUUCUGUGAACUCAACCUGGGCGACCGGUGUCUAGACGGGGUGCUGAGCAACAACAACUACGAGUCGGACGUCCUGAAGAAUUAUCUGGCCACCAGGGGUUUGACGUGGAAAAACAUGUUGACUGAGAGCCUCGGGGCUCUACAGAGGGGAGCGUUCCUGCUGUCUGAUUACAGAAUCACCGGGAACACCGUGCUGUGCUACUGCUGUGGCCUGCGGAGCUUCCGCGAGCUGACCUACCAGUAUCGGCAGAACAUCCCUGCUUCUGAGCUGCCGGUGGCCGUAACGUCCCGUCCUGAUUGCUACUGGGGCCGCAACUGCCGCACUCAGGUGAAGGCCCACCACGCAAUGAAAUUCAAUCACAUCUGUGAACAGACGAGGUUCAAGAACUAA